AUGGAUCUCGCACGUUAUUUCAGUUUACGGAGGAAGACUACCGAUAGUCACGGGAGUACUCACACAGGACAUGGCAAAGGCCGUACUUAUCUACCCCUCCUCGCAAAUCCUAUCAAUGAAGAUGUCCUCGAAGUCGUAACGGGUAACUCCACAGAUCUGGAGAAGACUAAUACUCACGCAAGCACAUUCGACAGUUCGAAUGAUACAACUACACUUGCUGGGAACGGCAGAACAAGUCGCGGAAACAUAAUCAUCUACAAGCAACAUACGGAAGCUAGCACGAUAGAGCUCUUCUAUGACCUCUUUUUCGUUGCAAACCUUGCGUACUUCACAGCCAUGCAUCAGCACACUGAUGCGGAGUCACUAAUAAACUACCUCAAGCUCUUCACUCUGAUGUGGUUCACCUGGUUGAGCGUCACACUCUUUGAUGUGCGAUUCAGUAUUGACUGCGUAUGGAAUCGUUUCCAUAAAGCCAUACAGUUCGGCAUCUUCACCGGCUUUGUAUAUGCUGGACCGGUCUUCGACAAGUACAGCACCAGUGGUGUUGAGAAAUCAUAUCGGAACUUUGCUAUUGUGCUCGUAAUUGGUAGAAUUGCGAUCGCUGUACAAUAUGCUGUGGUUAUGUGGCAAGGGCGCAUGUUCCGUCAGACGUUGAUUCCGUUAGGUCUGAGUGCUGGCGUGCAUGCCGCGGCAGCGAUAGGCUAUGCCAUUACCAUGGUUGUCUUUCCUAGAGGUCGGGUCGGUCUUGAGGAACAACUAGCAUGGGUCAUCAUCUCCAUCGUUGAGGGUCUUCUGAUCUUUCUCAUCGCCAUGAUAUGGCGAAUUAUCAGCUUCAAAUACACCCAUCUAGUUGAGCGGCUGCAACUGCUCACCCUCAUCAUUACCGGAGAAGGCAUCAUCGGAAUGGUCAAGAGUGUAGCAUGCAUUACCAAGGGACAGACAAGCAACAACAUGAGCGAAAUUGGGACUGUCAUCGCAGCCGUCCUUCUCUUGUACCUUCUGUGGAUGCUGUACUUCGACCAGCUUUCUCACGAUCGCUUCGGAACCUUACGGCAACAAGUAUGGGCUCUUAUACACUACCCGUUGCAUUCAGCGAUUCUCCUCUGCGUCGAAGGCAAUACAUCGCUUAUUGUGUGGAACUCCGCUGUUCAAGCUCUUAGAUGGAUAUGGACCUUCAAGCCAGAUGACUACUCCAAGCCAGCCGAUGGCUAUUCUGACACUGCUAGCUAUAUUGACUACCUCAAUCAGAGCAUGAUUGCUGUCAACGGAAGAUUUAAGAGCAAACACUGGAACGCCACGUACAAUUGGAACACCAACUUCACAGCCAUCGAAAACUAUACUGCGACAUACGGCUUCAAGUCCGAAGAGUGGAACAACCGAACUGGCGACGUUGUAAGACACAUGUUUGAUAGGGCGCAAGUCUUUGUCUACGAGGCACAUGCCGAUUCCCUCGCGAAACUUAACGCCGUGACCUCGACCGUAACCAAUCCACGAGUCAAGCUAGACGCAGUAUCCGAUGUUUUCAACACCACUACCACGCAAUUCUUCAUCGGCGCUGGCUGUGUUUUGUUGGUAUUGGCGAUCAUGUACUGGUUCAACAAGAUACACAAAACGAAAUACGAGUUCGGCGAGAUCAUCAAUAGGGUUGUCGUUGGCUUCACGCUAAUCAUCCUAGGUGUGUCUGCUGUCAUCGCCGACAAAACUACCAAUGGUUUCAAGUUCAAAGGGAGCCAUUGGAUGAUUCCAAUAGUGGUGCUGUUCUUCGCUGGUGUAUUGUUCCUUGAUAACGUCCUCUUGCUUGUCGCACAGUACACAAGUCGCCAUCCACGCCACUCGCACAAUCGCGAUAUCUCGUGGGGUAACAGAUCCCUGGUGAGCGACAGCGAUAACGAAGCUGGUGGCCUCAUCUCAAAGUACCCCAGCCGCGCACCGAGCCCUGGUGGUACACCCAAGGGUACACCUCGCAGCAGAGGCCAUACACCAGCACCUUCUCUGAACAGAGUUCAAACCGCGUAUACGCCAUACUCGGACUCGCCGCCUCAGCCCCGUGACUUUGUCGCAGGCCCAUCGAACGGCAAGGCUAGGAUGCCGAGUCGCAGUCCUGGUCCAGCUUUUGGUAGUGAUGUCACACUCCGCGACGAAGGCCACUACACUGGAAGUGGCAGGGUCAGAGCUAAUACCGGUGACUUUUCAUACGAAAACACGCCUACUAGUGCUUUACCUGAAGGUCAAGGAUUAGGCAUAGGUAUUACAGUUCAUCGACCCAGUACACCAAGCCUAUACAGUAACAACGAAAAGAAUGGCAACAUAAGCAGAGAACCUAACACGAGCGGACUGAAAGAGAAGGCUAGUUGGAAGAGUCUGGGCGUCAUGAACGAACAUGACUAUGAAGGUAAAGGUGGCAUCCUACUUGCUGCGGCGCAGUGCGGAUCAGGGCGUAGACUUCGUAAGACCAAGCACGACUACGUGGUUAACGAUUGUUGUUGA